AUGUACGCCCUUGCUCCUUUCGACGGAUCUCAGCAUAGUGAGGACCACCAUCCCGGCACGAUGGACCAGCUGACUCAUCUUCAUCGUCGCCGCCAAGUCACCCUUCAAGAGGACUUUGUCCAAGUCAAUGGGAAGCCUGAGGAGCUCUGCAGCAUCCGCCAUGACGCCGAGCAACAAGCGCUAGCUAUCGUUGAACAUCGCGUCGAUCCGAUUGUUGCAAGCACAAGAUACGAGUUCGAGCACGCCGCAGCCUUGAUGGAGCAAAAAAUGCAGCUUCGCCUUGAGGAGAGUUUUAGAGCGUCUCACGCGGCAGCACAAUCGACAGUGUGCGAUGCUGUUCAAGCGAUCUCUGGUCGCGUAGACUCAGCGGAGGCCAUCCUCGUUGAAGCUCGCGCUCGUCUGGAUGAGGCUCUCGAUAUUCAUGUAGCCAACUCACAAUUGAUCGCUCCGGAAAAUAUAAGGCAACAGAUUGCUGAACUCUGCGAAGAAGGUGUUCAUGAAGCUUUACGGUCGGCGCAGGUAUCGUUUAACGCAGCCGUCGAAGAGAAAGCGGAGCGCCACGCGUCUCUAAUUGAGUAG